AUGGUUCGAAGAAUACGAUUUCCACCUAAAUCGAAUAACGUUGAAGAAUCUGGACCUCGUGAAUUCUGUUUCAAUAUUACCGAAGUAAAUGAUUUGGAUGAGCAAAUUACAACUGAUGCUGCAAUGCCAUCAACGACUGAUGAUUCAUCAUCGCAGCAACAGAACUUAACUCCAGAACAAUUACAUCAAUUGUUCAUUAAAGCAAGUUCUGAAUUGGUUGCCGAAUCAAAGGAUAAUCAAGAAUUUUUCAAACGUGAAGCAACAAUUAAAGCACCAAAAACAGGUCAAAUAAUACAAACACCAUUUCCACCACCUUCCGAAGAUCGUAAAGAAAAUCUUGAUAUUGAUAUUGAACAAUUAAAACAAUUGGCUAAACAAGAAGCAGGUCCAUUAAUUAUCGAAAGAUAUUCUCCUACUGAAACGGAAAUUAAUUAUUCAUUAGCAGCGGUUACAAUAACAUUCAAUCAACCGAUGAUUGCUGUUUCAACAUUGAAUGAAAAUACGAAUGUAGAAAAUCUUGGUAUAUCAUUAACACCGAACUUAGAUGGUCGAUGGAGAUGGACAGGAACAAAAACAAUUCAAUUUGAACCAAAACAUCGUUUGCCAUAUUCAACAAAAUAUACAUUACAAGUUAAGAAAGAAAAUUGUGUAUCAGCAAUUGAAGGAAAAUUAGCAGAUGAUUUUUUGUUUGAAUUUUCAACAGCACCAGCAAAGAUUGUUCAAUAUUCACCAUAUGGUACAGUUUCAACAUUGAAACCAAAAUGCUUUUUAUUAUUUGAUCAAAAAAUUGAUCGAAAUCAAAUUUUAAAACAUUUACGCGUAGUUGAUAAUGAUGAACGUGAAAUAUCAAAAGGUGAUUUGGAAUUAAUAGAUGAAACAGCAGCAAAAAAAGAAUUUGAAGGCUAUUUGAAUACGAACGAAGGAACUCAUGAAAGAUAUGUUGCAUUUACAUUUAAAAAUGACCUAUCAAAAGCAACACAAUAUACAGUUCAAUUACCUGUGGGUUGUCCAUCAGCUGAAGGUCCAUUAGUGACAACAUCAGAAUGGUCAGCUAAUUUUCAAACAUAUGAACCUUUAAAAAUCAUUGAUUGGCAACCAAAUAAAAAAAAUGAAUACCAACCAUCUACUAACCCUGGUAGUAGUUGGUUAGUAACAUUCAAUAAUUCAUUAGAUCGUUCAACAAUUAAUAAAUCAUUAUUUAAAAUUGAACCCGAAGUUAGUGGAUUAGGUAUUGAACAUGUCGAAUACAAUGAUCGACAAAUAACCAUACAUAAUAAUUCAAAACCUAAUACUGUUUAUACAUUGACGAUACAAACAGAAAUGUUAAAAGAUAUUCAUGGUCAAACAUUAGAACAUGAUUUUGCUGAACAAUCAAUACAAUUUCAUGUACAUGAUUCACCACCAUUAGCUGGUCAUUUGUCUGGUGCAACAGGUAUGAUUAUAAUGGAUCCUGGUGUAUUAGAUGAUGCAUUUUAUCCAUUCUUAAUUUAUAAUUAUUCUGAAAUAAUACUUCGCGUUAAUCAAGUUAAACCAGAACAUUAUCGACAAGAUUUACCUUGUUUUCAACAGUAUUCUUAUAGAAAUGGACAAGAAGAAUCAAAUCGUGAAUUGCCCGGUGAAGAAUUAUUCAAUGAAACUGUGCAAACAAAUUGUGAACGUGAUGAACCUAAAGAAAUGAAAAUUCCAUUGAAAACAUAUUUAUCAAAAGAAUCAGGUGUAGGUCAAUUAAUUAUUUUUAUUGAACCAACAGACAAAGCCUGGAAUGCAUGUCGACAAAACGAGUGGGAACGUAAACCAAUUAUAUCAGCUUGGUUGCAAUGCACUCGAUUAGCAGUUGAUGUCUUUGUCUCAUCAGCGUCUACAGGUCCGAAUGCUCGAUUAACUACAUGGGUUACUGACUUGAUGACUGGUGUACCUGUUCAUCAAGUAAUGGUUUCUAUAUCAAACAAAAACAAUGAAACCAAUAAUCAAGGAUUAUGUACAAUUGCUAAGGAUACAACAGAAAAUAAUGACGGACAAACUAUUCGAGAGCAAAUCUUGAUAGUACAAAAGAAUGAUGAUUUAUGUAUGUUACCUGAUAUCUAUUCAUAUGCGUCAAAUGUUAAUACUUAUGUUUGGCAUGUAUUUAAUGAUCGAGGUUUAUAUAAACCAAAAGAAGAAGUACAUAUUAAAGGAUACGUUCGAUUAUUGGAAGUAAAAGGUGAUGCAAAAUUACCAACUUAUGCAAAAGGUACUAUUGAGUAUAUAGUUUCUGAUCCUCGUGGUCAACAACUAGAACAAUCAAAAGUUGAAUUAAAUAAUUAUGGUGCAUUUGAUAUCAAAUUUACAUUACCCGAUAAUGUCAAUUUAGGUGAUGGAUGGGUAACAUUCAAUUUACCAAUUUUAGAAACACAAACAACACAUUCUUUCAAAAUUCAAGAGUUUCGUAGACCAGAAUAUGAAGUCUCAUCAAUGACUCGACCAUCAACAGUACAUUAUUGUCAUCCAACUAAUGAUCAACAUGUUGUAGCUAGUUGUCAAGGAAAAUUAUUUGCUGGUGGUUUUUUAACUGAUGCCAAUGUUCAAUGGUCAGUUAGUGCUGAAACAACCAGAUAUACACCACCGAAUAGAUCUGAUUAUACAUUUGGUAGAGCUCGACCAUUCUUCUUUUGGUAUGGUAGCAAUAACAACAAUGAAAUAUCAUAUCCUGCACAAUUUUUUCAGGGUAAAACUGAUAGUAAAGGUACGCAUGAAAUUAAAAUAGGUUACCAUGGUAUUGAAAAAGAACCAAAACCAACAAUGGUUCGUGCAUUAGCAGCUAUUACAGAUUUAAAUAAUCAAACACAAGAAACACAAACACAAUUUCUUAUUCAUCCAUCGACAUAUUAUGUUGGAUUUCAAUUACUUAAUAAUUAUGGUAAGAAAGAUCAACCUAUAAAAACCAAAGUUAUCGUUACAGAUGUUGAUGGAAAUUUAAUUGAUAAUGUUUCAAUUGAAUGUAACAUAGUUGGUAUUGGUCAAGAAAGAAAAGAAGAUGCGAAUGGUUUAACAAUAUAUGAAGAAGUCAAAGAUGAACAACAAGUUACAAAUGCUAGUUCAAGUAAAGAUGCCAUUAAUAUGGAAUUUACACCAAAAAUAGGUGGACGAUACAAUAUCUCGUUUACCGUCAAAAAUGAACAAGGACAAUCAGCAAUGAGUUUCUAUGAUAAUAUUUAUGUUGCUGGUGGUAGUGGAAAAGAAAUGGAAAGACAAAAAGUCGAAUAUAUUCCAACCGAUACAUUAACAAUUUUACCAAAUGCAACAAAUUAUCAACCAGAUGAUACAUGUGAAUUACUUGUCUUAGCACCAUUUAGUCCAGCUCAUGGUCUAGUACUUUUCGAUUGUGAAGGUCAAGUUUCACAACCAAUACAAUUUCAAGUUGAAGCUGGAAAAGAUUCAGCAACAGUUGAAUUUAAAAUAUUAAAAGAGUGGAUACCAGGAUUUACUGCACAUAUUGAAUUAACAGGUUCAAUGCCAAGAGAAACAGAAGUAGCCAAUGCACCUAAUCGUCCAGCCAUUGCUGUUGGUUCAGUAACAUUAGAAGUUUCAAGAGAUGUUUAUAAACUAAAUAUUUCAAUCAAUACAAAAGAUGCACAGAAAACCUAUACACCAUCAUCAACUGUUCAUAUUGAUGUUGAUGUGACACAAUUUAAAGAUAAAGUACCUGUAAACCAAGCAGAAGUUUGUCUAAUUGUUGUUGAUGAAGCAAUCUUAUCAUUAACUGAUUACAAAUUAACCAGUCCAUUAGAUAUAUUUUAUCCUAAUAGACCAGCAUCUAUUGUACAACAUCAUGGUAGAAAUCGUUGUUUAUUAUUCAAUAUGAAAGAUAUUGAACAAUUUAAAAAAGAAAUGCGACAAAUAAAUGAACAAAGUCUGCGCAUGCAUUCGCGUAUGAUGGACAAAUGUUGUUUUGCAAUGCCGAUGGCUUGUUCUGCUGCGAGGGGAGGUUUUGGUGGUGGUGGUUUUGAUGAUGCUGGUCAAACAAUAAAUGUUCGAUCGAAUUUUAAUCCAUUAGCAUGUUGGGUACCAUCAUCAGCAACAAAUUCAACAGGACAUGUUUCAUUCAAAUUUAAAUUACCUGAUAAUCUUACACGUUAUCGUGUUUGGGCUAUAGCUACAACUGAUCAACAAUAUGGUUUAGGUGAAAUGGGAUUUACUGUACAAUUACCAGUAAUGAUACGUCCUUCACCACCAAGAUUUCUUAAUUAUGGAGAUACAGCUAAUCUUUCAGUUGUUUUACAAAAUCAAACUGAUCUACCAUUAUUAUUACAUGCUGGUUUAAAAGCAACAAAUGCAAAAUUAACUACCGCAGACGCCAAUCAACAAGUUGUUGGUUAUGCCAUUCAACUUCAAGCAAAUAAACGAGCUGCACUUCAAUUUCCAUUAUCAACAAUUGAUGCAGGUACUGCUCGAUUUCAAUUUAUUGUUAGUACUCUAGCAAAUGAAUCACAAGCAUCAUUUGGUGAUGCAAUUGAAUUAAGUGUACCUGUCUUCACAUACAUCACCAUAGGUUGCAAAUGCUUCUGAUGUUGCUGG